AUGGGUUCAGCAUGUUAAAAAGUACUCUCUGAAAAAUCAGAAAAAUCAGAAAAUUAAGAAAUUGACGAUUUUGAUUAGCGUGACUAUUAAAUAGAGAAAGAACAAUAUCCUUUAAAAGUUCAUAAAGGAGGAAGAAAAGCCUUACAUAAAAGUAAAAGACUGCCCAAGAAUAUCGAGUGCGAUGAAGUAAUUUAGGAAUCUAUGAUUUAUUCUUUUGAUCAAAUACACUAAUAACAGAAGUCAGACCUAUAAAAAUCGACAUAUUCAAAUUCAGAGAAAAAUUUGUUUGUUUAAGAGGAUAAAAAACAGUUAAUAGGCAUCAUGAAAUAACAAAGAUCUUAUUAAUUAAUUUAGUCAUCCUUAAAAGGUUUCUCUACGUUGAACAGCAAACGAUAAUUAUCUAGCCCAAAAAUUAAAGACCAUUAAGCAAGGCAUGUCCGAUUUAAAUUACCAAAAUCACACAAAUAACAAUAAAGAACUCAUUCAAAAAUAAGAAAUAGAAUAAAUUCUUAACCUUCUUAUAAUCUAUGA